UUUAUAAUGUCACUUCUUUUUAGUUCUCCCUGCCACCCAUUUUCUGAUGGACAGAAAAAGGCCAUCAUCAAUUGGGCUAGAGAGCUCGGUGCUCGGGAUGUUCCCUCAUUUGGCGCCAUCAAGAAAGUCCAGAAACACAUCGACUGUCUCAUUGGUGAUCCAACCGAGAAGGUCUCGGCUCGCUCGGGGGACAUCUUUUACAUCAACAAUAUUGCAGAAUCAAUUGCUAGAAUUUGUCUGCUAUGUUACCUAGGUGACUAUGCGAACCCGCUCACACGGUUCGCGAUACAAGAUUACCCUAAAGAUGGAGGCGAUGGAAUGUCACAGGUGUUUAAUGGCAUGAAGAUGCUACUUGAUCUUCCAUCACCGCCAGCAGUUUGGGUUGAUGGCACGAUAUAUUUUGUCAAUGAGCUACUGCAA